AUCGAAGUAAUAAAUUGGAUCCAUGAGUAAGUUAGAAAAUAAAGGACUUCAUGUGAGAAACCCAACACAUUCAUCAAGAGGUUUUAGAUAUUACCGUAUUAAUUGAAUAGAAAAAGUUCAAGUUGCUCCUGCCAAGUUUAGCCUAUGUUCACAUAACCGGCCCCCUAAACUAAUACUUGAUUCAAUUUACUCCCUCCAACUGCUUACAGUUGGUCUAGUUUAUGCCUUUAACAUGUUGCCCAGGUUGCACCAUCGUUUCUUGGUGUCUUCUUUCUGUUUUAUUUCUUCUUAUGGUGUCUAAUCUGCCAACUUUUGAUUUCUUUUCUGUCGUUUCGUCUUAGUCUGUUCAUUCUUGUUUAUUAAUUAAUUUUGCAUGUGGUCUCUAAUCUUCGUGUUUCUAUUUUCCUUUUCCAGUCCGCGAACAGUAUAUAUGGUUGCACCCUCACGGCGUCCCUCACGCUCAAGUCAAAGGUUGAUCCUGAGGAAGAAAGGAAGCUAUAUAUUUGCCAAGGAAAAGAAGAUAUCUAUGGAAUUCUACAGAACAACUCUGAAGAGGCAUACCCUUGUGUUACGGAAGAGGGAUAUUAAAAAAAAAAAACCCACCGUAAUAGAGUCCGAGACGUUUACAGCGCGCGGUUGUCCGUUGAGAUCCAACCUCUUCUCCCUCUCUAAAUACCACCAACUCUUCCUUUCACCGCCUUUACAAACCGCGCCUUGCCGACGACGCGGCCAGACAGCGAGCCGGCCUCCCUUCCUCCGUUCGCCUGCAGCGUCUCCGAUCUUUUACUCUUCCCCUCUCUCGCCUCAACAUGGAGUUUGCCGGAGAAGACAGCCGCACGAAUCGAGUACCUUCCAAUACCAAGUUAAAGGAGACUAUUAGUCCGCUAUUGAUCCUCAUGAUGCUGAUUUACCCAACUUUGCUCGGCUUCGUCUUCGUCGCACGACUGGCCACGUUUGCUCUCAUCAUCCCUACACCUACCGUCCCCGGCGCCGUCGCGGGCGCACCUCUGUCGUCCGACUCCGACGCAGGGAAGCUCCACGGCGCCGCCGACCUCUGGGAGACGGCAGGUGCGGGUGCUCUGGUUCGCACAGGAUUUGCCUUCACCUCCAUUGCCUUCGUCCAUCUCUUUCUCGCCUGCUACCUCGUGCUAGGCCCUCACGGUGUUUUCUUCCUGAAGACUCAUCGGAAUGGACGUGUUUGGGCUGUCGUUGCCAUGAUAGCUUUCUGGUUCACUACCACAUGUUUCUUGUUGACGUACACUAGCAUGGCCAGGUAUGGUGCUCAUGACUUGGAGUGGUACUUUGCAGCAAUCACCUCUAUUGUCAUCCUUGUCGUCACUGUGCUCUCAGUGGCCCAUCUAACGCUGAGAUGGUAGUGGUUGGUUAUCCCCCUAGAGCUAUGGUGUAGUGUUGACAAAUCCAUUGAUCCACUUGGAACUUUGCAAGAGUCGUAGUCAUCGUGUAUAUAGCUAGUCGACCAUGUGUUAAAUUUCUUCUUUUGUUAGAAAUUGGCAGCUGAAAAUAGUUUCUUUUAGAAUUUGUUUACUCAGAGAUCGAGUGUUUUAAAUCCAUUGGACACUCGACUUUUGAGUCGUUGUGAAGCUGAGAAGGUGGUGGUGGAUGAUCCCCAUAUAGCUAUAGUAUAGUACGUGUUGACAAAUCGA